CUAUAGGACUGUGGGGCUCAGAACCACUGUACUGGGGGAGGAGGGAAUGUGUGAGGAACAGAUGAGCUGUGAGGAGUGCAGAGCAGAAAGAAGUGUGACUAAAGAGGAACUACAAGAGGGACGUUACCCAUUUCCUAUCUUUUUAUAUUUUAUUUUUUUCCUGUGCUUUGUCUCUGCUGAGUGGAUGUAGAGCAUUAGGUUGUGAUCAUGCGGUGUGUUUGCUCCAGUUACUGUGCAGACAGAAUGAGAGUGUCUAUGUGCUGGAUCUCGGAUUGAUGGAGCUUUACGGCUGGAUUCUAGCCUGAAAGCAAUGAAAAUGCAGACAUAUGAGAUUACAAGGGAUUCUGCUGAGUUUUGCAUUUACUCUGUUUAUGCCACUUAAUCAGCCUGCCAUGCAAGAACUGAUGCUUUGAAGUGCUGGUGCUUAUAAAAUGGAUGUCUCCCCAAAGUCAGGAGAAACUCUGAUUGUGUGCCACAUCCAUGGCCAGUCUGUUGGGUGGCACCUAUAUAACUCUGUACAGACAUCCAGACAGCCACGCACUUUGAAUUUAACCCAUAGUAUAUCCCUUCCUGAGAGAGGAGACCUGCCGAGGGAAGCACUUGACUAUGGCAGUCUAAGUCACACAAGCAAGUCAAGCUCAACAGAAACAGAGGACAAAAAGGUGACUGAAAAUCCUAGAGGGUAUGAAUCGUCCCCAACGCUUUGUGCUUUGAACUCUCCAUCGACCAGUCCUCAACUAAAAAAAGAGCCAUUGCAUCGCAGAGGUACUCCCAGAUGGCAUAACCUCUUCAUCCCUGAAUCAGAAGUAAAUGAGGAUGAAGAGGAUGAGGACUCAGAUGGAGACAACUUGCACAAGUACCAUGAGGGGUCAUCCCUUCAACUACAAGGAAAUGUCACUCAAAGUAAUAUGAAUCCUUUUAGCCAAGUCAAAGUAAGCAAAGAACAGGAGAGGGCGUUUGACACAGGUUGCGGGGAUCGCAGGGAUAGCAGAGGAACCCCUGUAUUAAUGGACUGCGAUGAACAGGAUUGGGGUGAUGAGGAAGACUUCAGCAAGCAUACUCUUGAGGAAACUGAUAAUAGCUGGGCUCCAACUGAAAACGUUAUCGAAUCCAUUACUCAAAACCAAACAGACUAUAUCACUGACUCUUCCUGUAACAGCUCAGAUGGAGUACUGGUUAACUUCAGUACCAUCUACCACAAAACCAACAAUGCAGUUCCUGCAACUCCACUAAAUCUAGAUAGUCCUGUUCUUGGAUCUGGUGUAGUGUUACAGGACAGUUCAAACCCUUUACCCAGCUGGUCACCGCACAACACUGAUCCAAACUGCAACAUCUACCCAUUCAACUCUGAUGGCUUUCCAUCAAUAGAAAUUUCUGACCUCACUAUGUGUCUGCAGAGUCAGGCACGGUUAGCAGGUUCCACCCAGAAUUACUAUAAACUGGUGACAUGUGACCUAUCAUCCCAGUCUUCACCUAGCCCACCUUGGUCCUCUUUGACCAGUUUCUCUGAGACUCUAAGCCAGGGAAGCUGUUCUCCACCUUCUGAAUAUUUCCUAUUCGGACAUUCAGAGGAAGAGGAAAGGGAGAAGCCAAAGAUUUGCCAAACUGAACACAAGGGUGAUGGGAACAUUGAAGUGAAGAAUAUUAGACGAGCCGAUAAGGACCAAUCUAAGCGAACAAAAGAGAGAAUGGCACAUAUAAAAACCCAUCAAUCUGUUUCAAGAGAACAUAAUAGUUAUAAUUACAUUAAGACUCCUCAGUCUCAGAGCUGGAUUAGCAGCCAAAAGUGUUCUACCUUAUCAAAUCUGGGAGCCCUACAAAACAGCUGUCCAAGCCAUUUAGACACAAAUUUAUCUUCACCUCUGUCCAGGCAACAUGCCACCUCUUUUGCAGAAAUUGCCCGAUGUAAGAAGGGAAAUGGAGAACAAUCCAUGAAAAAGUGCAUAGAGGAUCCAUCAGGCUCACACUUCAUACAAAACCUCUUUUCUAUCCAGAAACAGGAUGAUUCAGAGAUGGCAACAAAGUCCCUGAGUGCUGACAGCAGUAGUCAAUCCAAUCAAGAAGGAGCUUCAUCCCCAGUUGAGCAAGUUGUGCGAUACACAAAAGCACAACGGCCCACCUUUCUCCCUAUUCAGCCCUUUGUGCUUCAGGCACCCUCAGGAAAACAACAGUCCAAAGCACUUGGUUCCCUUCUUAAUCAGUACAUCAGCUACAAGUACAGCAAGCCUGGGCCACAAAGCUACUUGCAAAAGCAAGUCAUAUCCACAUCAUAAGCAACCCUCACCUCUCAGGAGUUCCUCUAACAUCCCCCCAGAGGCAGCAACCAGUUCAGACACUUGUUCCACCUGCACAUCAAGUCCAUUUUUGCCCCAUAACCACUCCCAGUGUACCCAGCCCUUCACACUGUUGGGGCUCAUUCACCAGGACAGAAAUCCACAUAUGAGUCCAGAUAUGAGACCAAGAAGCCCUCAAAGCCAAGAGCAAGCAGAUGGGAGUCCAAAGGCCUGUUCAAGUCAAACACAGUUAAGCCAAAAACAUUCUUGGUAUGGAAAACAAGCAUCUCAGAUUCAUCCACUCGAGCAGGAUCCCAUUGUUCAGA